AGCUUGACAUGCCAUGCCACUCACAGCCAACCCGAACUAGUAGUAAUAUUUUCAAACAAAUCGCUUGGCGGGGAAUACUCUGCUCUUCGAAAUAUUCGCCGUUAUUAUCCAUGGGCUCGAAGAAGAAGACGAAUGCAGCGGCGGCUGCGGCCGCGACCACCACCACCAGAAAGAGACCACGACGGAUCACUCGCACGAAACCUAAAUACAACGACAACGAGGAAGAAGAGGCACCGACAGUGUCGGACAUUGAAGACUUGGGUUUCAGCAGAAACGAAACCCUAGAAAUCAGGGCUUCCCUCCUGGAGUGGUACGACCUCAACCAGAGGGACCUCCCUUGGCGAAGAAUCAGCAGCUGCAGCGUUGAAGGCAAGGAUGGUAACGACGAAGAGGAAAGUGAGAGAAGGGCUUAUGCUGUGUGGGUUUCUGAAGUAAUGCUUCAGCAGACUAGGGUUCAGGCCGUAAUCGGUUACUUUAACCGGUGGAUGCAGAAAUGGCCUACUCUUGGUCAUCUCGCUCGCGCUUCUCUCGAGGAGGUGAAUGAGAUGUGGGCGGGUUUGGGGUAUUACAGACGAGCACGGUAUCUGCUAGAGGGAGCAAAAAAGAUUGUUGAAGGAGGAGACAUCUUUCCUAAAACAGUUGCAGCUCUUCGGAAGGUCCCAGGUAUAGGAGAUUAUACAGCAGGUGCAAUUGCCUCCAUUGCAUUCAAGGAGGUGGUGCCAGUGGUUGAUGGAAAUGUAGUUAGGGUGGUUGCCAGACUAAAGGCUAUUUCUGCUAAUCCCAAACAUUCGGUCACAAUCAAGAACUUUUGGAAGCUAUCAGGGCAAUUAGUUGAUCCUUCUAGGCCUGGAGAUUUCAACCAGGCUCUAAUGGAAUUUGGUGCUACAGUAUGCACUCCCUUGAGCCCAAGCUGCUCUGUUUGUCCUGUCUCAGCCCACUGUUGUGCAUUAUCUCUGGCCACGAAACAGAGAUCAGCACAAGUUACAGAUUAUCCUAUAAAGGUUGUAAAGUCCAAACAGAGACAUGACUUUGCUGCUGUCACUGUCGUGGAGAUAUUGGAAGGCCAAGAUACUAAAGAGGAAUUUCAACUUGAUGGUAGAUUUCUUCUAGUAAAGAGGCCAGAAGAAGGUUUACUUGCUGGCCUCUGGGAGUUUCCAUCUGUCCUGGUGGAGGUCGAGGCUGAUUUGGCCACAAGAAGACAUGCUAUUGAUCAGUUCUUGAAGAAGUCUUUCAAAUUAGACGUCAAAAAGUCUUGUUCUGUAGUUUCGAGGGAAGAUAUUGGAGAAUACGUCCAUGUGUUCAGUCACAUUCGUCUUAAGAUGUUUGUGGAGUUGCUGGUUAUACGUCUAAAAGGCGGGAAGCAUGUUUUGCACGGAAAACCUGACAGCAAAACUAUGGCAUGGAAGUCUGUGGAUGGCAAGGCCCUUUCAAGCAUGGGAUUAACAUCUGGAGUCAGGAAGGUUUACUCUAUGAUUCAGAAGUUCAAGCAAGACAAAUCAAAACCCAUCAAUGGAAAAGCAACAAAGAAAAUGACAUCAUGAACUCAAAAAGUUUUGGUGGUGCAGUGAACUAAAGAGUUCUUGACCUCUAAAGUCAAUCUUGAAGAUAUUCUGUAGAUAGCUUCAAGUCUCUCUUCCAGAGAACACUGCACCAUUUGCAAAAUUGGCGUCAGUUCUCCAAUUUCUAUGCAAAUGAAGGAAUAUGCCUUGACCAUGAGAAAGUGGCCCGUUAAUUAUUUGACUAUCUAUUUAAACUUUUGCUACUUGUCACCGGUCAACCUUUGGGCAAUUUUAACGACGUCUGUCAGCUCCAAUGCCGCGUUGCAGUUUAUUGGACUUGUAAACUAAUUGUAAUCUAACGUUAUUGCUAAUGUUGUUGUUGAUAUUGGAGAUUAUGUUGCAACAAGACGUGAGUUAUAGACUUCGCGGCAUGCAAUUGUAAUCUCUCUCUCUCUCUCGCGC